CGGCCGCGCGCACGUGCGCACACGCGCGUGAAGAGGGAUGCGAUGCACGGACACACUCGCAGAUAUCGCAGAGCUGCGAACGAGGAAGGGAUUCUCCGCUAGCCAGUAAACCAUUUUUCUGUCGUCAAACGGAUCAAGCUUUUUGUGAGACUUGGAUCGAUCACAAAAAGCGGGAUUCGCUUUUCGCAUAGGAAUUGGCCUGUCGUUGGAGCCAGCUGUACCUUUUACACGUCUCCCCGGAAAAGAUCCGACAUUACGAUGGAGGAGUUGCAUCAACAACAGCAGGUUGGACCUAACAUGAUGCCUGGUGUAGGUGGCGUUCCUAAUCACUCAAACAACGUUAAUCGUCGUAAUAGAGUCCGUGUGACGUUGCACGCUAUGAUGUUGGAGAAGCUACCGCUGCACGAAGCAGCCCGUUUGGAAAUGAAGGCAUUACCCAGCAAAACACCUGUCUCCGUUCUUCAAGAAUUACUCUCCCGCAGAGGCACGAUACCUAAAUACGAGCUGGUUCAAAUCGAGGGGGCUAUUCACGAACCUACAUUUCGAUACAGAGUCACCGUAGCUGACGUCGUUGAUCCGAUUGUUUCAGCAAUGGGAACUGGCAGGUCUAAAAAAGAAGCGAAACACGCUGCUGCAAAAGCUGUUCUGGAUAAAUUAAUCGGAGUGAAUACGGAAUCUGCGGAAUCUCCACUUCCAAAUAGCUUACCCGACUCGCAAAAUUUACAAGAACUACAAUCUUACGGGGAGGAGAAAGUAGUGAAUAAUCCAAUUGGAGCCUUACAAGAAAUGUGUAUGUCGCGCCAUUGGCCGCCGCCAAAAUACACGAUGGAGGGUGAGGAAGGUUUACCCCACGAGAGACAAUUCACUAUUGUUUGUUCGAUCCUAAAGUAUCGCGAGGUUGGUCAAGGAAAGAGUAAAAUUGCCAAGAGGCAUGCCGCUCAUAAGAUGUGGCAAGCCUUACACGAAAACCCGAUUGCCACUGGCAAAAUUAACUCGUCGAUGAAGAAGAAUGACGGUAACAGUGAAAGUCUAAAGUCUGCGAGCGAAUCGCACGGCGCGACGAAGAACGCGUCGAUCGUCAACGCGAAACAGUUCAGCAACGUACGGCCUGUCAGCACCUGCGUCAACAGCACCGCGCACGAGAGCAAUCCGGUGAAGCACUUGAAGGACUACGGUCCGAAGAAAUAUGCGGGCGAAGCGGACUCGAGCAUGAAGACUUAUCCGAUUCAGUCGGACUACAAGGAAUCGGUGUCGGUCAACAGUCCGGAUUACAAGAGCAGGAGUAGCAGCAACACCGCCGCGAUGACCUGCACCAAUCUGCCGUUGAGAUUCACGGCGCAUCAUCAGUCAUCGUCUACCGCGGCGUCGACCGUUCUGCACCGAGAGAAUCACACGCCGUCCAGCUCGACGUACCCCGCCGUCUCUCAGAGAGGCGACAGCGCGUUUGCGGUGGCGCGCAAGGCUCUCGAGCAGCAGCAGCAACAGCAACAACAACAACAGCAGCAGCAGCAGAACUCGAAGAUGGCGCCGAUCAACUUCCCGCCGUUGCGCGCUCCCCAGAGCAUCGUGAACGUACGGCAUCCUCUGUUGACGGACGCACGCGCCAAGCAUGGCAACGAAACGAGCCUCGGCGGCGCCAAGUCCAAGCUCAACAUGAUGAGCUCCCUACAGAGCGGUGGCGUGAAGGACCUGACCGACCACCCCGGACGUUCGCAGACCACGGCGUUCCACGGAUACAGCACCUCGCCGCUCGCCGCCGGUAUACCGAGCGUGCAGAAUCUGAACAACGCGGCGGUGACGGCGAGCAUGUCGCCGUACCCGCGGCCGGACUCCUUCCCGCCGCAGCCGACGGUCGCGAGCAUGCUCUUCUCGGACACCGCGGCGGCGCAGUUCCCGCAGUCGCCGCCCUUCAACACCACCCAGCUCGGCCAGCUGAAUCAGUACCAUCAGACCUACGAUCCCGGCAGCUUCGCCACGACGCCGGUCAACGUGAAUCCCGCGGUGAUCCCGCAAUUCUCCGCCGAGAGCUCGAUCCCGUAUCCGCAGUACGAAAACCCGCCGCAGUUCGUGCAGCCGAAUCACUAUCCGACCGCCGACAUGACCAACAGCCAGUAUCAGUAUCAGGCCGCGGCGGCGGCGGCGGCCGCGGCCGCGGCAGGCGUAGGCCAGAUCCAAGACUCGUCCAUGUUCAUACAGAGUCUGCAGAGCCCGAUCGCGGUGACCGAUCAGUACGCAGCGCCGAAUUACGCCAGAGCUGUCAGGACGGAGUUGAUGCCGCGAUUGAGGAGACCGCCGCGAUUCAACAAAUAAAGUAAAUCGUCAGAUUUCUUUUUUUUUUUUCCUUUAGGUUUCGCUUAAUAUUGUAAAAACUUCAGGUUCCUGAAGCCUCGCAGUCGUGUCAGAUUGUGACGUCAGAGGCGAGAAAGCGUACACUGAUAAUUUUUAGAUGCUGUUUUUAAAUAGAAAUAUAUUUCAGGUGACUUUAGCACUUUUAAUCUCUCGGAAAUAAUUCUUUUCCCCUGAUAGUUACAAUCAAUAACCGUAAAAUUAUUAUGAUAUCAGAUUUUGUUAUCGGAAUAAUUUCACAUGUAUGCAAAGACUAGGCUUUAUAUUAUAAUUAUUUUACAGAUUGAUUAAUUAUUAAGGAUUAAUUAUAAAGGGAAAAUGAUAGUUUUCGAGGUAUUUUAAGAGUGUAUUAAAGUCAUUCAAAGUGCUUUUUUGUUUCGAAAUGGUAUCUAAGAAUUUUUAGCGUGCGUUUGCUCGCACCUAACGUCACAAUUUCCAGGAGCCUAAGAAUGCUCGAACAUUCUUCUUCUUAUGAGAUUCGUGGAUGCUGAAGAGAAUUUGUAAAAAGUAGCGUCUGCCUUUUCGAUUAUCAAUUUUCUGACGUAGAUGUUAUUUGUUGAUUCACGAGGGACGAGUUGAUGUAAUCGUUGCGUCGAGCGUUUCGCAAGUACACUUGUACGCGAGAUUAGCCAAAUUACUCGCAUCAGUCGCAUCACACGCGAGAGAUAUGGUGAAAGUUAUUUCAAUUUCUGAUCCAGUUUGAAAUAAAUUUUAGCCAAUCUGAGUUAUACAUAGAGCCACGAUCGACGCGAAUGAGCCCGAGCGAGGAAACGGUAUUUUGGCAAAUUUACGCGUAUCACUUGGAAAGGAUGCGUUUUAAUUCAAUGAGGAGGAGCAGAAGCGAUGAUUUUCACUUGUUUCCGUCAUUCGAUGUGACACGGCAGGGCAUAGUGAGUGUUGUGAGCUCAACUAUAAUUUUAUGAUGUAAUAAUAUGUAAUCUAUAUAGCGUGUGUGAAUCUUCAUACAGAGACACAAAAAAAGGGAGGUCGAAUAUAAAAGAAUACACGCUAUCCACGAAGCGGUACCUAGGUGCCGGUUUUGAUUGUAUUAGUUUUUCGAGUCAUGAUUGAAUGAAGCAGAAAAUAAUCCCCGAGCGCCUCUCGACGGGGAGAAGAAAAAAAUUCUGAAAAUAUUAAAAAGAGGAAGGAAAUGAAAAUAUAUAUUAUCUCACGGUUAUUGUGUAAGUCUUAGUUUUAAUGAAUGAUAUUCUACAAGCUAUACUUUGCAUAGAAUUAGUGGAAGUU